AUGUCAUCUCCUAACAUGAAUCCAGCAAGUGAUUCUCACGCUCCAUCAUUAUCAUCUUCUGCUCCUGCAAAUACUUCUUCUCCAUCAUUAUCAUCUUCUGCUCCUGCAAAUGCUUCUUCUCCUUCUCCAGCUACUCCCUCCAGUGAUAAUACAGAUAAUGCAAGUAGAGAAAAUGUGGAGACUACAAAUCCUAUUCAGGAGAAGAGAAGAAGGAAAAAGACUUCUAAGGUAUGGGAUAAUUUUGUUGAAGUUACUCGUGCUAAUAAUGUUAAAAGAUGGAGAUGCAAUCAUUGCAAGCACGACUUUGCACAAAAUUCAACUGGAACAACAUCUCACUUGAAAACUCAUUUAAAUAAUUGCAUUACAAAAAAGUUGCAUGAUCAAAGGCAACAAACACUUAACUUUCAACGAGAUGGUUCUACUAUAGAGCGCCCAAUCAUGUUACCACCUGGAGGAAAAUAUAACCAUCUGAAAGUUAGGGAAGCAUUAGCUCAUUGGGUCAUGAUGCAUGAACAUCCAUUUACUGUAGCAGAGGAGGAGGGUUUUCUAUUUCUAAUGAAAACUGUGAAUCUUGAAUUUAUUAAAAUUGGGCGUAAAACUUUGAAGGAAGAUUGCAUGACAAUUUUUGAAAGUGAAAAGAAUAAGAUGAAGGGACUCCUUAAAAACAUGGACAGGGUUAGUUUAACCACCGAUCUUUGGAAGUCAGAAAAUCAAAAAAUUGAAUACAUGGUAAUUACUGGGCAUUUUGUUGAUAAGGAUUGGAACCUACAAAAAUCAGUUCUUAGUUUUGUGCAUGUGCCUCCUCCUCGACGUGGUAUUGACAUUGCAGAUGCUAUGCAUAAGUGCUUCAAAGAUUGGGGAAUAGAAAAUAAAGUUUUUACUAUAUCUGUGGACAAUGCAUCCUAUAAUGAUGUUUGUUUAAGAACUUUGAAGACUAGCCUAUCUCGACAUAAGAAAUUGGUUUGUGAUGGAAAAUUAUUUCAAGUGAGAUGUUGUGCACAUAUUCUCAAUCUUCUUGUCCAAGAUGGGAUAAGUGUAAUUGCAUUAACUAUUGAGAAUGUGCGGGAAAGCAUCAAGUUCAUCAAUCACAGUGAAGCGAGGCUCAGAACAUUUUCUGCUAUUGUGCAACAGUUAAGAGAAAAGAAGUUGAUUCUUGAUGUGCCAACUCGUUGGAAUUCGACAUACUUGAUGUUGAUCACUGCCCUGAAGUUCAAAGAUGCAUUUCCAAUGUACAAAGAAAGGGAGUCCAAUUAUGAUUGCAUGCCAGAACCUGAGGAAUGGGAUAAAGUGGAGAAAAUUUGUAAGUUAUUAGCCGUCUUUCAUGCGGUAACGAAUCUAAUCUCUGGUAGUGACUAUCCUACUUCUAAUUUAUAUCUCAUUGAAGUCUAUAGGAUUAAAGAAGUUAUCGAUAAGUCGCUACUAGAUAAUGAUUUCUCUAUUCGGCAAAUGGCUAAAAAAAUGCAAGAUAAAUUUGAAAAAUAUUGGGGAGAAUGCAAUUUGUUAAUGGCAAUAGCUUCUGUUAUGGAUCCUAGACUAAAAAUUGGUGCGGUUGAAAUUUGUUAUCCUCAAAUUUACUCUGAAGUAGAAGCUAUGAUAAAUAUACAGAAAGUUAGGGAUGCCUUGCAAGAGCUAUUCGAUGAGUAUGUUGCUUUACAUGAUUCAAAUAAUGAGGAAAAUAGCUCUCUGGAAGGUUCUAUGGGUGCUUCAAGUGAUACAAGCUCGUCAUUGUCAUCUUUAAGUUCCAACUGGAGUGAUAUCUUGAAAAAGGUGAGAACGAAAGAUAGUAUGCCUGCAUCCAAAUCAGAGUUAGAAACAUACUUGGAUGAACAUGUAUAUAUAUGUGGUGAAGCUGAAAAUUACCAUUUUAGUGCUUUGAAUUGGUGGAAAACGAAUCAAUUGAAGUAUCGUGUCUUGUCGAGAAUGGCGGCUGAUAUUCUUGCUGUUCCUAUUUCUACGGUGGCAUCAGAGUCUACGUUUAGUGCUGGCGGGAGGGUAAUUGAUACGUAUCGAGCAUCUUUAGAUCCAAAAACAGUUGAAGCAUUGAUUUGUGGAGGGGAUUGGAUGCGAAAAGUCCAUGGUAUAAAGAAAAAGAAGGUUGAAGAUGAGGUAUGA